AUGUCUUUCGACCGUCUUAGCUCUCUAGAAUCACAGCCUACUACUUUACGUCGCUCCGAUGAUCCACAAUAUCGAGAUGACCCCGAAUUCUACCAACUCACCGAGAGUCUUUCAAAUCAGCUAUUCAACCUAACCUCCAACAUCACCCGGCUAUCGGACCAAAUCGCACUUCUAGGGACAAGGCGAGACACGGAACGAGUCCGCGAAAGAGUUCACAAUCUUCUGGAGCAGACUCGCACAGGGUUCAAGGGAGUAGGAGAAGGUAUCAAGAAGGUGCAAGCAUGGGAGGAUGUUAAUCCUUCUCAAAAAUGGACACAGCAAAAGCUAUCUUCAGAGUUUAAGGCUACUCUGGAGGAGUUCCAAACUGUCCAACGCCGGGCUUUGGAGAAGCAGCGCGCAUCCGCCGUCGCUGCCCGCACGGCCGUGGAAGAAGGUGAACAACCAGCGGUUGAAGGAGCUACGCAAGAACAACAACAGCUACUUCAGGAACACCCUCGACUUGCGAACCAAGAUGAGGUGGAUUUCCAGGAAUCUCUAAUCAUUGAACGCGAAGCAGAGAUUCGCAAUAUCGAGCAAAGUGUUGGCGAACUCAAUGAGUUGUUCCGCGAUGUCGCCCACAUCGUGCACGAGCAAGGAGGCCAGCUCGAUAUAAUUAGCGAGAAUGUUGAGAAUGUUACACACGACACCCGGGGAGCUAAUGUUGAGCUCCGCAGUGCCAGCAGACAUCAAAAGAAUGCCCGCAACAAGGCUUGCUGUCUGCUUGUCAUCCUUGCCGUGAUCCUAACUAUCAUUGUGCUGGCGGCUGUUAUUGGAUGA